AUGAAUCAUUCGGAGCGCUCUACGAAGACGCGAUACCAAUCAGAGAUCCUAGUGCAGGAUUUUAAUGUCGCUAGAUACUCCCCUUAUCACCCCCUCCAUGGCCGGACCCUCGCCGGCCACACGCCAACAUACACUAAACCAUCCCCACUGGGACAAGACACGGCACAAGGUCAGCCACAAUGGUACGAGGUACUCGAUAAUGCCCUUCAGAAGAGACAGCACCUGGAAAUGAUAUGGAUCCUACCAGAAUUGAUAGACAAUGAGGUUACUCUCCGCCCGAAGCUCCCAUUCGAGUGCGCUUUCGGCAGUAUAUUCAAUAUUACCCGAUCAGCACCACGAGGGCCGUCGAAUCAAGCCGACCCUACUGCAAGUCACGAACACAACCUUGCAAGAUUGACGACUUCCUGCAUCGACUAUGUGCAACGAGGGCCACAUGCAACAACAGCCAUGUCCUACUAG